AUGCUCGUAUUUUUGUUCCUUACUAGUGCUACAGCCAGCAAUUGUUUGAAUCAAUACGGAUAAAUCGUAGACUAUUGGUUGAUCUUUAAAUUACCUAAAGACACAGUCAAUUAAUAUAUAGGAAUGGAGUAUUAUUAUUGUGAUUCUACAACUUAAUGCGCAGAACUUAAGUAUUAAUAUGACAAAUUAAAUGAUUUCACUUCUGCACUCUAAGUAACCAUGGAAUAGGUUCACUUUAAGGAUACAAAUACAAUGAAUGUUAUUUGGAAUGAUUAACCAUUUGAUAAGGAUUAUUAUCCUGAUAUGGCUCAUUCUAAAGGAGUCUUGAGUGCUUCUUUGAAUGGCCAAGGCUUUAUAAUCAAUCAUUCAACUCCUAAAUUUCCAAUAAUGGAUUCUAAUUAUGAGUAAAAAUUAAUCCCAUAUCUAGUGAAAUAAUAUUAGGGAUGCCAUCUAAUUCUUAUACUAAUGCUCAACAUUUUAUGUGUUUCAGUGUAACUACUUCUGAAAUAGAAAGAAUAGCUUAAUAAUUAAUAAUAGCUGAGGUGAUCACAGUUAGGGCAAAUUCACCAUCUGAUUUCAAAACAAAAUACCCAAAUUUAUAUAGUUUAAAAGAUACUACUAGAAAAUCAUAAUAAAGUAGUGGUUCACUAACAGUUUAAACUCGAUAAGGUUUAUCCUUAUAAGUGAUUUCAACUAACUAACAUAAUUAAGUGGAUUUUUAUGCAUCUAUAGUAUCACCUAAAUUGAAAGUUGGACUAGUAGUUUAAACCUGGGGAAGUGGAGGUUUAUAGCCUCCUGAUUGUACUUCAUCAUAUUAAACAUUCAGCAAUUUAUCUAGAUUAUAAAAUGUAAAAUUUUGAUAAUAUAAUCAGGGAUAUAAAUUUUCAUACACAAAAGAUCAUUCAAAAUUUGGUAUUUCAUUAAAUUCAAAUAUCCCAUAUGUCUGUAUGUCUGAUAUUAAUAGAUAAGUUAGUCAAAAUAAAAGAGGAGGUACUGCUAUAUGUUUUAUACAUCAUAAUCUAUGGUCUUAAAUAAAUUAUUAAUUUAUUGAAAGACAAUAAUGUUGA